CCGUCCUCGCUGGGCCCGGGGGCGGGGGCGGGCGCCGGCCAGGGCCCCGGCCGCCUCACGCGCCGCCUGCUCUGCUACCACGCCGACCACUGCGCGUCGCGGGGCUCGCCGCCCCACGCAGGUGGUCCAGAAGUGAGUGAUGUGCCCCCACCGGCCCCUCCGCCCCCUGGUGGCAGCGUGUCAGUCGCCACCUCCACGUCGUCGGUGCCGCCCACGGCCGGCAUGCCCACGGGCCCCGGCGAUCGCCCUGCACCACUCACACUGUCUGAACUGCCCGAGCCGCCCAUCCCAGUGUCCGAGAUCGGGCCCAUCCCGCCGCCGCCCAUGUUCAGCUCGUCUCCGCAGCCACCACCCACCUCUGUUGGCAUGCCUGUGCCCACAUUCUUGUUUGAUGAUCAAGAUGAGGGCUCGUGCUGCGAUGAAGGUGAGGAUGAAGAUGAUGAAGGUGAUGAAGACGAUGCACACUACCUGUUCCGUGUUCCACAGCCUGAUCCAAGUAUAGACACGACACGUGUUGAGGAGAUACCGGCAAAAGAACCAAAAUUCCAUGCUGUGCCACUUAAGUCUGCAUUGAAAAAGAAAGGUAGUGGAGGCAGUAAUACAGGAGGGAGCGGUCCAGGUACUCCACAGAACACACCAACACAAGAAAGCAGGCCUCUCACUCUGCGCCAGGACCAUACGUCCUUCAAUGCUCGUCCUGUGAGAUUCGGAAUCCCUCUGCCAUGUACAAUGGAAAAUAAGGAGAACACAAGGCCAUAUGUGAUAAGAGAGGAUGCUGAUGGACCAGUCCUUUAUCGAGAAGAUGCUGACAGUGAUGAGGAAAGUCGCCUUGCUGCUAAGAUUGCACGGAAAGAUAGUUUGGCUCUGAAACUUGCUUUGCGGCCCAACAGGCAAGAACUGAUUGCUCGCAACAUAAUUCACGAAGAAAGUGAAAAUGAACGAAUGGAGACAAAGGAAGCAAUUGGUGCACGGCUGAUAAGGCGGCUGAGCAUGCGACCAACACAAGAAGAAUUGGAAGAAAGGAAUAUAUUAAAAAAACAAAGUGCAGCAGAGGAAAAGAAGAUGAAAGAAGAAAAGAAGAGGAUGCUUCUGCGAAAGCUUAGUUUCAGGCCAACAGUUGAAGAGCUCAAGGAGAAAAAGAUCAUUCGAUUUAAUGAUUACAUUGAAGUGACACAGGCACACGAAUAUGACAGGAGGGCAGAUAAACCAUGGACUCGCCUCACACCUAAGGAUAAGGCUGCCAUCCGUAAGGAACUCAAUGAGUUCAAAAGUUCUGAAAUGGAAGUGCAUGAAGAAAGCCGUCACCUCACAAGGUUCCAUAGGCCAUGACGACAGCAACGUAUAGGCAAGGAAAUCCACUGGGCCAGUGUCAUUCAGGGGCCGCUCAUGAAGAGUGUACUUGUGAUAGUGAUGCUGCAAUAUAGUGUUACGUCCAAGCUGACUGACUUUUACACUCUCAUCCUGGCCAGAAGUGAUCCUUUUUUCAUAUGAAAAUGAAUCACAUCUGUUACAUAUUGAUUAAUUUCAUAUUAUUAGAGCAAAUUUGUGUGUAAGAAACAAAUUUUAAUAUCUCGUCUGUAAAUAAUGUAAAAUUACCUUUGCAGCCAUUUCUCGUAGGGAUGGCUUCUGGACUCAGUAGUGCAUUUUUUGGCACAACUCUUUAAGGGAAAGAAAGUAAUGGUUACCCACCAAAUCUUCAUAGAUGAGUAAAUUUCAGAAGUGGAGAUGAGUCUGCAGUUUUGUUUUGCCUGGUUGUGUAGCUGUGGGUGUUCAUGGCUGCAGUUAUGCUGAAUGUAGUACAUGAGAUAAUUGCCUUAGAAAAUUGAUUGUUUCUAUUAAGCCUGUCUAAAAUGGCAACUGUAUUUAUUACUGUUUUUGUAGAUAACAAUGAUCAAGUCUUAACCCUGUGGUUUCUCAGAGUAUUAGAGAAAUCAUUAUGAAAGUUUUAUGUCGCUACCAACUUUCUCGGGACAUGAACAAAUUAUUUUUUAUUAUUCCAGUUUUCUUUAUAUAUUGAGUUAUUAAAUGAUAUGUGAAUGCACUUAGUCUUGUUAUUAAAUAAAACUAUAUAUUUCCUGAUGAACAUUGUGCAUGUAGGAUAUUCCCAGAAAAAAUAUCAGUGUCUGGCUGGUUGCACCAUUGCCCUGUAAUUAAAAAUAAAAUUCAAUCUAUGUUUUUAAACAAUUUGUGAGAGAGGUGUAUUUGAGUGUAUUGUUGCAAUAUUACUGCUAGAAACUGAAGUAGUAACACUUGAUUUAUCUUUCAAGUGAUUUUUUGAUACAGUUCUUCAGUAGUGUACAUCAAUAUUCAUUAUGAAGUCAGUAAAUCCUCCUAAUAGUUAUUCUUUUAUUUUGUGAUUUAUUACUCGACAUAUUGCCCUAAACAUAAGAAAAUCUGCAUUAAGUAGUUUUUCAGAAUCAGAACUGCUGAAAAAUUAUGAAAAUUUAUAAUGAUCUCACUCAAUGUAUGUUACCAGGAGUUAACCAUUAUCCCUUUGAAUAUGGCUACUAUAACCAUGAUAUGAUUUUUCAUUCUUACCAGUGACAUUGCAACUGUACAUCCUGACAGCUUUUGUUUUAUUAGCAGUUAACAACUACAAAUAAGAAAAACAGAAGUUAAUAUUAAACAACAAAAAAUGGAAAAAGGGGGAAAUUACUCACUUGGUUUGAAACCAGAAUAAUGAUGGUAACCAAUGUUGUACCAGCAACAAAAAGAACUACCUUUUCAGAUAUAAAAUAUGGGAAGUGUAGAUGAAGUAAACAGAACAUGUUAGAAAGAAACUAUUGAGUCUGAGGACAGAGAGAUAUUUCGGUGGAAAACUGAUCAAAACUGCCAUCUUGAUAGGUGUGUUUAAGUCUAUACAGCUGAGAAAGUUAGACGUUUUACAAGUGUCAUAUACUAGAGCACUGCUUGCUAGUAAUAAUUACAAGAAUGUCAAUGUGAAUGUGAAUUUCAGCGAUCCCUUUGUGAAACAAUUAAGAACUUCACUGUAUGUAAAGUAGCUUAACAGAAUCAAAGUAAUAAUUUCAUGAAUGAAAUGAAAGACAAACAACAACAGACAAAUUUAAGGGAAGGAGAAUUGGGAGAAAGAAGGGAAGAUAAGGGAGAAAAUUGACAAGUAGCUGAAAAACCAAAUGGCAUAUAUAUGAAAAGAGUUAAAUAAUAAUGCAAACAAAGAAGGCCAGUGAUAAUGUGAGUUUGCUUAGUUAGUUUCAAUGAUAAAAUAGCUAUCAUCUGUUUAGUUCCAUUGCUAGGAAGGGGAAUGUUGGCAAAUUAGAUGCAUUACAGACACUGAGAUGCCACUUUUUAAUUUGGAAAAUGAUGUCUACAUAACUUUUACUUUAUGUGCAUACCAGUGGAUAAAGGGGGGAAAAAGAUCCCUGGAACAGAGAGGUUAAAUAAUGCAGGAUAAUAUUUUACAUUACAUAUUUGUUUGAUAUAUAUAAUUUUUUCAUUGUCUUACUUAUAACAAAACCCAAUAUUAACUAAGAAAUAGGGCAUGGUUUGAUGAGCUUCCAUGCAUCUUCAUUAUUGUCCUUAAUUUAUUACACUUUCCUCGUUUUUUCCAAUGGAUCAGAUAGGCUGAACUUGUGUUUUCCUGAUGCCACCUCACCAUCCAUUGUUAAAGAAGAGCUCAGAUCCGUUGUGGUUUUGUUACAUUUUCCAAAUUUUUUUGACGAGUUGAUAUUCACAACUUUCUUUUGAUGCAGUUGGGUAGAAGUGAAGAGUCUUCAAAAAGCUUCAUAUAAUGUCUUUAUUCAGUAAGAUAAACUGAUUGUUAUUGAUAAUGCAAUUUAAAUAUUACCAGUCUGUGCACAUUAUGUUCAAUGAACAUAAUGUUUGCCAAAUUAUUACUCAUGAUAUUUAUGCAUACCAUAAACAAUAGCAUAGUGAUGAAUGUCUUGAGACCGUUGCUCAUUUUUUGUGUAAUGUUAUUCAUACAGAUAUGAACAUUAGUGCUUUAUUGUCCUUAUUUGGGAAAUAUCUGAUGUGACCUGUUUUUGGAUAUCUUUUCCUAGUUGAAACUGGAUAGUAUUUGUCAAGAGAUAUAUUGACCCAGAUGUGUGUUUGGGAUGGCAUUCUCUGUGAUAAAAUUUUCUUAAUGUUCGUUACUGACAAAUAAUUCUUCACUGCACACACAUGAAAUUGAUGUGCAAUGUAAUACAUGCAGCAGAUGUUUUUGAAAAACAGAAGAAAGAGUGUGUGUGUGUGUGUGUGUGUGUGUGUGUGUGUGUGUGUGAGAGAGAGAGAGAGAGAGAGAGAGAGAGAGAGAGAGAGAGAGAGAGUUUUACUUGGUGAGUAAAGUUGCAUAGUGUGAACCAGUUAUCCAAUAGGCAUGUAUGUCAAUUACACCUUUAUAUGGUAUACGGAAAGAAGCUGCAUGAACCAGUUUUUCUGCAAAAACUGUUUGAAAAUAAGGCAUUUCAAAUGAUUUUUUUUGCAUUACCUGUAUCAUGUUUUGACCCAAAGUGAUCUAUAGAUGAUGUAGCAGAAAUCUUUUUAAGUAUUUUAUGUGAGAUUAGAUUUUCAGGAUAUUCCAUGAAAUAUAUUUUGCUAGGAAUUUAUCUUUGAACCUAAUUUAUGUUUGAUAUUUUUGUACUGAUCUUCAGUGAAAGCACAGCUUACCCCUUACUUUAUCACAGGAGGAGUUGUUUCUUUAUUGUAUAUAUCUGACAUUUUAUAACUGUGUGAAGCUCAGAAGUUGAUCGAUUUAUUGCAGUAUCUUUGUUGUUACUUCAUUUUUAUCAUUAUUUGCUAGAAACUUUUAAAAAACUAGAAUCAAGGAUUUAAAAAACAGUUUCAUUGACAGUCCUCCCCUUCCAGGUAUGGAAUUAUUCAAUCUUCCAUCAAAUACUUUUACAUUUAGGUAGGAAAUUUAUAUUUGCUUGUGUUUGAUUAUACACAAAAAUUGUCAUUGUGGAUUGAGAGCUGGCCACUCUUUGUUUCUGUCUAUCUUUUACUAUAGUAGAACAUUCCGUUUGUGGAGGGUCAGAUAACAAAAAAAAAUGGUAUUUUUUAUUAGCAUCACUCAUCUUUCAUUAAUUAACUUUUGUUAUGUUAGGGCACAAGAGCUGUUAAUCCCACUGCAUACCAGUCCUCCCUACUAUCCCAUCUCAAACAGCGAAUUGUGCAGUCUCCCACAAUAGGUACAGUAGUUAUAUUUCUACCAAGUAUCAGAAUAACGAGACUUUUAAUUACAUGUUAUACACUACAAAAAUUAUUUAAUGCCUUUUUGUUUCAUGCAUCUUAUUAUUGCAUCAAUGAAUGUAAAUCUCUUUAAUGGCGAAAUUUCUGUAUCUCACACAUCACAUUAAUUUUUAAGAACUUAUUACAUAUGUGUCACAUCAUGUCUACAGAGACAAUUUCUGCAAUGUAUUUGUUGUGAAAUGUCAAAGGGUAAGGAAGUCUACAAACAAGAAUUGAAACUAAUAUAGUGAGAGCUAAACUUUGAAGAAAUGUGAUGUAAUAACUGACUGUCUUGGAAUUAAUCACUACACUUCACUCAUGAAGGUUGUGUAUGAAUACACUCUCUCUGUUUUUCACAAAUAUAUUUUGUUAGCUGAAUGAUUUGAAUAUAAAAAUAUUUCUGUAAGUAGAAAUUAUACAUAAAAUAUACAAAAACUAUCACAUGUAGCAAAUGACAAAGCUUAUCUUAGUUGUAAGGCUAUCACUUUUUUGUAUCAAUAUUUACAAUUUUGACAACUCUUAAAAAUUUUAUUAAGAGUGUUUAAAUGUAAAUUGUGAUGAUGAACUUAUUUUGUUCUAAAUAGGGGCCAUCAAAAUUUGGCCAUUAAAUAGUAAAAACCUCAAGUGUAUCAAAUUUUAUGCAUUCACAAUGUAAUUCUGUAUCAUAGUCAUUUUAUUUGUAUCAUGGGCAAAUCAUAACUGUGACCAAAUUUUUUUUCUUUUUAUUUUCCUUUUUUCUUUUUCUUUUUUUUUUUUUUUUUUUAAAAAAAAGGAUAGGCAUGUGGCAGCCUGCUGAACAUGUGCAGUUCAAUGAAGGACUGCUCUCAUAACUGUGCAUGUUUCAUUAUUUAACUUUUCUUAAAAGUGUCUUCCGUGCAAAUAUCAUUUGCACUGCUUUGACAAUUGUGUUGUGCAUCUUCUGCAGCCGCUGUGAUUAAACCCAUUAAGAAAAUAAAAACAUAAUUUUUCCAAAUUUGUUUUAUACUCUAGCUGACUACUGUAUGGAUUAACAUCACAGAGGUACUGAUGUGAAAUAACUGCUAGCCUAUGAGAUGUGAUUAUUGUAAAUUUAUUGGUCUGUGCUACUGCAAAGAAUAUUAAUUUUUCCUGUUUUGAUUGAUCCAAGUGGGAACUCCAUGAGUCAAAGGUGUUAUGCAAGCAAUCAAAUAAUUGUACUAAAGAAAACUCAAAUACCUAGACUCAAAUUUGACAGCAUCGCAUAAAAGAUAAAACUGAAUCUCAAACUUUUAGAACUAGAGACAGAUUACUUUUUAAUUUAAACAACAGAAAGGAAAAUACACAAACAAUAGCAUUCUUAAUAAGGGUCGAGAAGAGAAGAUUACAUUCUUAGUUUAAUCUUUAAUUCGUGAGUAGCAAUGCUCUACUUCUAGAAGUAUAAGAUUCAGACGUAAAAAUGCAAACUGUAUAAGUUUUGGGUGGGUAUGGACAUUUGAUCUAUAUAUUUAUAGUAGUUGCCACUACAAACAUGGAAUUAAUAACAACACAUCUGUACCUUUGUGUUAGCAGUUUGUUUAAUAACAAUAGAUUCUCUAAAGUCCUGCCAUAAAUAAUAUGAAAUGUUAUUUGUAGUUGACGGGCUGAUGACUGUAAAGUGUUUGAAACCUUUUUUUGCAUCAAUUGUUGAGUGUGACUGUGCUGUAAACUAAUUGUAAGUAUGUGGAGUGAAAAUGAGUUGUCCAGUUUUAUGCAUCAGUAUAUUAUGUAAAAUCAUUCCAGUGUAAAAGCUUUUGUUCAUGUUGAUUUGUGUGGUCCUCCUCCAGUUUUACUUCUCCUGACCCCAUAUACCUCCCCUUCCUCCUCUUCUGAUUUUCUUUACAAGUGGUGUGAGAUAUUCUACUGUAUGAAUUGUUUCUGCGCUGUUAGUGGAGCUCAUUCUGCAGAUGCUCUAUAAUGAUUCUCAAAAUUUUGAUCUCUUGCUGUAUGACAAUCUCAAAUGAUAGACUAAAUAGUUUAACUGAACUUUGUAUUAUGACAACACAUUGGGUCAGCCUACAAUACCUCAUUCUCUCAGAGUACCUGAAUGAAUGUCAGUAACAUAAGAGAGGCAAUUCUAAUACUCUCAAUAUGAUGAAAGUUCCACCUCUAGCUGCCCUAAAUUUAACACUUCCCUGAAUGCUGAUUCUAAUGUAGCAAUUUUGGUGCAAGUACAAUUGGAAAUAAAAUAUUGAUUUUUGAAAGAA